AUGGCGGCCGCCGAUGAGACGACGACCUCCUCGUUGACUCGACCGGGAACCGCGGCACCAUCAGCAGGAGGGCCAGGAGGCAUCGCGACCACCAGCACGUUGGUCGGCGGUAACGCGAACAACAGCGCGGCCGCAGCCGUCGCUACUGCCCUUAUAACGUCGGCUAACGAGUUGCACGCCGGAGCUACUGUCUCCGGCUCUGGCCCCGGCCCCGGCCCCGGCCCUGGCCCCGGUCCCGGCUCCGUUCCUGGAUCCGGCACACCUGGUGUGUGUCUUCUGCAUAUUCCCGUCAUACAGUCUCCGAUCGUGCAUUAUACACCGAGCUCGGUAAGUACAAUAAAGGCAAAAACGAUCAUCGACCGACCGAUGCUUUGUCGUUGUCGUCGUCGUCGCCUGUGUUCUGUAUUGUCAGUACAUAUUUCAUCGCCAUAUUACUAUGAAGCAUCGUUGCUGGUGUGUUUGUGUGUCAUUUGUUUACGUUCCUCCUCCUCCGCCCGUCUGUCCGUCGUGUAUCAGCUGAACCUUCGUCGUCUCCCUGUCAGUUCGCAAGGCGAUGGUAAGCGUGUGGUCCUUCCUCGCUUCCGUCAGUUCCUGUUUUUACCGGCAGUCGCUGUUCGACGCUCCGCCGCCAUCUCUGUUCAACAUCACACAUUUGAAAUCACACACUCGUCAAACUCACAACUAUCGUCUUGUCACUUUCCUGAGUCAAAGGUCAGGUCUGUCGCUAUUAUGUCUGUGUUACUGUCCAGAGUGGUCAUUUACCAUUUCAUUACCGUUAUUAUAUGA